AUGGAAAAACAACCACUCGUACCCGAAUCCGAACCGGAAUCCCAAUCUCAAUCGUCGUCGUCGUCGUCGUCGUCGCCACUGCCCAUCGGAGAUCCUUACGUUCGCAUCGCCACUGCCCUCGGAGGAGAGGAAGAGACGGGAAGAGAGAGAAAAAGACGGGGGGAGAGAGAGAGUGGAUUCCGGCGGAGGGGGGAGGUUUGGGAUGGGGAGUGGGUGAGGUUGCGAUGGAGUCCACCUGGAGUCCACUUCAGCAAAAAGAAGCCACCUGGAGUCCACAUCAUGGGCAAACUGGUGGCACCUAAAAUGCUGGAUGGAUGGACCGAGUGUGAAUCAAAUUCAGAUUGGCUCCAGUUUAAGGACGUGGGCAAUCUCGUAGUCGAUGGUUCAGGAGAAAUCGACGGCCAGGGUUCAUCUUGGUGGACCACUCCCAACCAAUACGACAGAUUAUCACGCAAACUCAUGAUGAAUAAGCAGAAUUGCCAAGCACCAGAUGCUCUGCACUUCCAGGGAUGCGAUAAUCUUAAACUAAGUGGACUUACUCAUCUAAACAGCGCAAGAGCCCACAUUGCCAUAAGCGGGUGCAACAAUGUGUACGUGUCUCAUCUCACCAUAACCGCACCUGAAGACAGUCCAAACACUGAUGGCAUUGACAUCUCAAACUCACACAACGUCUUCAUUCAACACUCUGCUAUCGGAACCGGCGAUGACUGCAUAGCCAUCAACGGUGGCUGCUCCGAUCUCAACAUCGCCAACAUUGCGUGCGGGCCGGGUCAUGGUAUUAGUGUGGGAAGCUUGGGAGCGCAUGGGGCUCUUGAGAAAGUGCAAAAUGUGUACGUGAGAGAUAGUAGUUUCAGUGGGACUACAAAUGGAGCUAGGAUCAAGACAUGGCAGGGCGGAUCGGGGUACGCUAAGAACAUAACCUUUGAGAAGAUCACACUCGAUGCAGCUAAAAAUCCCAUCAUCAUUGACCAGUUUUAUUGUAAUCAGGAUCACAACUGUAAAAGUCAGGCCUCGGCUCUGUUGGUGGAAGAUGUGAAGUACAUUGAUUUUGAAGGAACAUCUGCGAAUGAGGAGGCGAUCAAAUUAGAUUGUGACCAGAAUUCAGGUUGCCGCAACAUUAUAAUGGACCGCAUCAAAAUCACCUCGGCGGUUCCUGAUAAGAAGAUUUAUGCUUCUUGCAACAAUGCUAUUGGAACUUCCAUUGGCACCAUUGUGCCCAAUGUGCCUUGCCUCAAGUCAGGGACGGAACCAACUACUACUCCGCCGGCUAUGCCUUUGCCAACUGUGCCUCUGCCCGCUACGCCUCCGCCAUCUCCACCUUUGCUCGUUAUGCCUCCACCAUCUCCGCCUGUGCCCGUUAUGCCUCCACCAUCUCCGCCUGUGCCCGUUAUGCCUCUGCCAUCUCCGCUUGUGCCCAUUAUGCCUCCGCCAUCUCCGCCUGUGCCCGUUAUGCCUCCGCCGUCUCCGCCUGUGCCCGUUAUGCCUCCGCCAUCUCCGCCUGUGCCCGUUAUGCCUCCGCCAUCUCCGCAUGUGCCCGUUAUACCUCCGCCAUCUCCGCCUGUGCUCGUUAUGCCUCCGCCAUCUCCACCUCUGCCGGCUGCACCUCCACUAGUUCUUAUUUUGCCAGCUACUCCUCCGCCAGCUCCACCCUUGCCAGAUACGCCUCCGCCAGCUCCACCCUUGCCAGCUACGCCUCCGCAAUCUCCACCCUUGCCAGCUACGCCUCCGCAAUCUCCGCCCUUGCCAGCUACGCCUCCGUCAUCUCCACCCUUGCCAGCUACGCCUCCGCCUCUACAGGUUAUGCCUCCGCCUUUGCUAAAUAGGCCUCGCCCAACUCUGCCUUUGCCAACUACACCUCCACCAGCUCCUCUGCUUACACCCCCAGCUCCGCUGGUACGAACUCCGCCACCAAUACCACAAAUGUCCUUCACAGGGGAACCAGGAGUGCCAGAUAUUUACUUCACACCUGGUGCAUCUAGUGCUACUAAACUUCAUAAGAAACACUAUAUUUGGUGUCAAUUAUUGAUCGUGUAUGUGUUAACAAGACUGCUGUUUGGCUAA